AUGGCGUCGUCGCAAUCAUCGUCAUCACUGGGUUCUAGCGACAGGCCUGCUUCAUCCAGAAUAGAAGAGAACCAAGGGAAAUCAGUCCCUCACCUAGAGAGUCUUAUCGCGCAUCUUGUGGCAGCCAAGCGGUCCCUGUCUUCAAUUAAUCAUGUCUGGCGUGCCAACGAAAUUGUGACAACGGCUCGGUCAGCGGUCGAAGAGAGUGUUGUGGUUUCUGCACGGACGGGCUUCCUGCGUCGUGGCCUGAAUAAUCAGCUGCGAUUACUCUAUAAUGUUCGGGCCGAGGUUGAAGAGAUCUCCCAUCGCGGACGUGCUGAUUUUUCAGACAUCUUGAAAGACUUGGAUGCCGCCGAUGGGCGGCUCCGCAACACUCUUGACACUCUGAGAGAUACGAUAGUUCACGCCGCCUUUCGGCCAGAGGGGGAAGAUCCUAAGAGCCUCCAUGACUUUGUGGAUGAACGUGGUGUCGAGGAGCUGCAUGCGACUUUGAAAAGCUCAAUCGACCGUACCAAUGCCGCACAGGCAGAACUAGACGAGUCCAACCGUGCUUUUGACGAUGAACUCCAUUCCAUCAAAGAAGCGUUGGGUCAAUAUCGAACGGCAAUGAAGAUGGCUUCUUCGCGGUCCUCUGCUUCUUCUUCAUCCUCUUCCGCUUCCACACACUCGGGCAUGGCUUCUCUAUCUGCCCUGCCAGGCAUGUUGAGCUCAUUGGAGAUGCACGCCCAGGAAAUGGCGAAUCUACUGGAAUCACUUGUCCGGCAUUUUGAUCUCUGCGUCACUGCAGUGAAGCAUACAGAGGGCGGUGGAGCAGCUGCUCGGUCGAUCACCGGUGACAUGCCUCCGGUGACCGUCAGUGGACGCAACGGUCUUAAAUUCGAAGAGGACAUUAACGAGAACCUGAAUGCACCUCUUGAUCCUCUCACUAAUUCGGAAUACCAGGAAAUGGUGAACGUGCUGGUCAAGGACGCAGCUGAAGCCGAAGACGUCGUGAUGGAAAUCCAGGACCGCAGCGGAGAGAUGGAGAGUGUGCUUGAGAACAUUAUCGCGCAGCGCGAUUCUCUGCUCUCGGUUUCCAACGCCACCACCGAUGUGUUUCAGCAUCUAUCGUCUCUCGCAUCGACGCGCCUCCCGGGCUAUAUUGCCAAGGCACACCAGUUCACGCGUGUCUGGAACGAGGAACGAGACCGGAUCAGCUCCGGGCUAGCUGAAUUUUCGGAUCUUGGUUCCCUCUACGAGUGCUUCUUGGAUGCCUAUGACGGGCUUAUCCUCGAGGUUUCUCGCCGCAAGCACAUGCGGCAACGGGUUGAGAAGGUCCUCCGAGACACCCGACAGAAGCUGGACCAACUAUUCCAGGAAGACGUCAACGCUCGCGAAGCCUUCCGUGUGGAACAGGGGGAUUACCUCCCUUCAGACAUCUGGCCGGGCGUCAGUCGAGAACCAAUGCGGGUGGACUUUUUACGAAUUUCUGGCGGUCAACUCGGUGGUGGUGCUGCCACGGAACCCGUGGAGCGCGAUGUGGACGUGGACGAGGAUGCCGCCGCUGGAGUUGCUGGCCCUCCUCCUGCCGCACCGGCUGAUGCGUUAAACGUCGGCGAGGUGAUCCCGGACAUACCUAGACAGGCGGUUGAGCAGGCUCUUGCCCGCCUUGAAAGUCGCGCACGUAUUACGAGGUGA